UUGAUUGAAGGAGAAAAAAAAACUAUGGGCUAUUACGGCCGAAUAGGGCCCGUAACUUCUUCCCCUAUCCAAUCCAAUGCAACGAACAAUGAGCCGCAGCGACCACCGAAUCGCCUCGCCAUGACAAACGCGGUGGCAGUGGAGCCGGCGCCGCUCGUGUGGGCCCGCUCUUGCGCGGCCGUCGCCUCCUUCCCGCCCCCGCGCCGUCGAAGAGCUGCUGGAGCUAUCAGGGCGUCUACCGCAUCCGGCCGGACCGAGGGCGCCGGCGAGCUCCCGGCCCCGCUCCUGCCGAACGCGCGGCGGCGUGGACGCGACCCGCUCUGGCACGGCGGCGGGUUCAGCCUCGGCGUCGACCUCGGUGACGCCCGCACCGGCCUCGCCGUCGGGAGGGGAAUCACCCUCCCUCGCCCCCUCACUGUUCUGAAGCUCCGCGGGCAGAAGCUAGAGCUUACGCUGCUCGACGUGGCUCGGCAACAGGAGGCGGACGAGCUCAUCAUCGGGCUUCCCGUGUCCGCUGAUGGGAGGGAGACACCGCAGUCCAAUAAAGUGCGGAGCGUCGUCGGGAGGCUCGCCGUCCAAGCGGCCCAAAGGGGUUUGAGGGUAUACCUGCAGGAUGAAUAUGGAACGUCCACGGACGCCCUAGAGUACAUGAUCUCCAGGGGUGUCAAGAAGUCUGCCCGUGAUACCCAAUCUGAUGCAUAUGCUGCUGUGAUGAUUUUGAAGAGAUAUUUCACGUCAUCAGGUCAAGGGGCUAAGAUUGUUCUCCCCAGGCAACCAGAAUUACAGGACAAGUUAAUAGUUCAGUCUAGGCAAGAUGCUGAAAUUUAGAAAGGCAUGUCUUCUAGUUUCUCCAUCAGUAGAGAACAUGUCCAGUUGAGAGCACCUCAUUUUCUAUACCAUCUCAUCCGCUGUGAUGUAGAUGAUUGUUUGAGGUACUCUAGUGGUACUGCAUCAAAAUCACAAGCUGUUUUUGAACGUGCUCCUGAUUGCAUAUUCAGUAUCGUCCUAAAACAAAAUUUAGUAACAUAUUCAUUGUUGUAUUUCGUGAUUUUUUUUCUGAGUAUCCCUACCUA